AUGUCGACUUUUGGGACUAAUAUACAUCCCUCCAACCCCAUUAGCAUAGAAGAUGCAGAAAGAGAGGAAAUAAACAGUCCUAUAUCCUCCUUCAAUGAAUUUUCAGACCUUUCACCUCGUCCUACCAAUGAAUUCAACCUCUCCGGCUCAAAGGUCCGCUUCACACUCCCACCACCAUCAGCUUACCCGCACCCACUGGACGGGAAACCCUCUUUCGCCACCGCAAUAACUUACAAAGAAACAUAUAUCCGUCUCUUUUCUGAUGCAGUUAGAAACAAACCUAACUGGACGGAAAAGGUAUUGGAUAGAGAAUUAUUUGCGAAGUGGCUAAGAGAAGCGCAAAAGCAGGCUCCUCCGUGUGACGGUGGAAGACAUCGAGUCUUGACGUGGGAUAAGGAUGAUGUGGCGUAUAUACAUGACGAACUUAUGAAUGUUUAUAAACCUUUUGUUGAGGGGUUGAGGGAGCAAGGGGUGAGGUUCGAGCCAGAUGUUGACGGGGUUUGGAGGGAAGACUGGGGCGUCGAUGAGGGGUUGAGGAUGGAAUUGAUUGAUGCGGUAGCAACCCUCGAAAACGUCCCAAAGGAUAAAAAAGACUGGCACCCCGGCUCUAAUAAGCAAGUCCUAGACCUUGUCCACCCUUCUCUCUGGCCCAUAAUCUACAAUCACACUCUUUCCCUCCAAACUGGAGAGCCAAUCCAACCUCCCAAAGACACAAACAUAGACAGCAUCGGAUUCUCCAAUAAAUUCUGCUGGCUACCCUCCGAGUUUGAAGUUUCCCCAGACGGCACCAAAACAACCAUAAAAUCAUACAUCAACAACCUCGCAUCCGAUGAACAAAAGUCUUUGUUUUACCCUAUCCUCGAAAAAAUCUUUACAAAGUUCGUCCCAUUAUUUAAUCAAGUCCUCGCGAAUCUCAAAGCGGGUGCCCAUGAUUUUAGAAGGGUAUUCGCCAUAGCGGGUCGUAAAUGGUGGUGCGAAGACCUCAUAAGACUAAGCAACGAAAAUCAUAAGUUAAAAUGGGAUAAAUUGUUGGGUCAGUUUAUCAACGAUGAAUAUUUGGAUGUCGACUUUCUAGAGAAAUUACCACACGCUUCGAAAAGAUUUGACGCCGAUGAUGAAGGAGACCCGGAGUUCGAAGGAUGCGAUGAUAGUGACGAUGCAGAUCUUGAUCAAAGAGGAGACCCGGGGAUAUAUGAGGUAAGGGGUAAUAUGGGACAAUACUUACCUUCGAGUUGGGAGCCCCCAGAGAUUACUGAAGAUGCAAUGCUGGAAGGGAAAACCUUGAAAGUGAUCGUCAAAUUGGCCAAUAUUAUAUUAACGCCAGAUAACGCAACAUACAAAGGUGGGAGUUGGCAUGUAGAGGCGAUGCUGAAUGAAAGAAUAAUAUCUACAGGAAUAUAUUACUACGAUCAAGAAAAUGUCACAGAAAGCAGACUAGCUUUCCGUCGGACAGUGGGAAACGUACCGAAUUGGGAGAGUUCACAUAUAUUAGAACAGAACUCGGACUGGCCGAUAGUGUUUAAUAUGAGCUCUAAAUCUCAGUCAUGGGCAGUUCAGGAGAUUGGACAAACCGAAACGAAGAAAAACCGUGCAAUAGCCUUCCCAAACAUCUACCAACACCAAGUCCAACCCUUCAAGCUCCUCGACCCAGCAAAACCAGGUUAUAGAAAAAUACUAGUGUUCUUCCUCUGUGAUCCAGCUAAUGAUGAUAUUCCAACUACCAGAAUGGUAGCUCCGCAACAACCGGAGUUUAGAGUGGAAAUUGAAGAUAUGUUGCGGAACGGGCCGAUGGGGAAAUUGCCAGAGGAAGUCUUUAGAAUGGUAGUUGGGAUGAUACCAGAGGUUGUAGAGAGAAGAGAAGCGGAAGGGUAUAGAAGGGAGCUAAUGAAGGAGAGAGCUUCGUUUGGGAAUAGUUCGACGAUGGUGCAGGGGCUUUGUUAUAGCUUGUGCGAGCAUUGA